AUGAUGAGGUCCUCAGCAUGGGCCGCAUUCUCAUGGCGCGCCCUUGUGUUCUCACUACUCUGGACAGCCGUGAUAGCCAAGCAGGAUAAGCCGACAGUCGACGCUUCUGUUGCCAAGCAUCCUCCCCUUAACCUGAACUACUUCGAGGACAGUGACGUUAUCGUCUUCCAGGAUAUCGAGGAGAGAAAUGUUUGGAGAUCCGAAGAUGCAGGCAAAACCUGGGCGCAAGUCCCUGACAUACCCGAUCGAGCCGCGACCUUCCUAUACCUUCACCCGCACGAUUCUCACACUGCUUUCGUUCUUACUAAGGAUCGAAAGCAUUACAAAACCGAGGAUCGUGGCAAGAGCUGGAGUGAGUUCAGCAGUGGAACAAUGCCCAGUGCUUUCCAGCGUGAUACCAUGGUUUUCCACGCUGGCGAUCCGAAGCGCAUUAUCUUCAACGGAAUGAACUGCGAUGGUAUAUUCUGCGACGAGGAAACAACAUAUACCACCGAUGGGUUCAAAACUGUUCAGCAGCUCCGUCCUAGUACUUCCGGCUGCUGGUGGGCCAAGUCGAACCGAGAAUUCACAACUGGUGAUGCAGAUCUGGACAAGACCAGAAUUCUUUGCAUCGUCACCGAUCCUUUGAGCCUCUUCAAGACAAGCCAGAAGCUGUGCGUUUCAGAUAACUUUUUCGCCAAGGGUAGCAGUGGAAAAUACGACGAAUUUGAGCCCAGUCUGGACGGCCACCGCGAUGUGACCGGUGUUGUCAGUGUUGCUGCAGUCAAGAGCUUCAUCCUUCUUGCUUCUUCAUCCGUUGGAAGUGAUGAGAUGACUCUUUUCGUUACAAGCAACGCCCAGCAAUGGCACCGGGCUAUGUUCCCCACGGACGAUAGUCACGACCAUUCUCACAAGAUCAACCAGGAAGCAUACACUGUUCUCGAAAGCACCAACUACAGCAUUCAGGUUGAUGUCAUGACAUCUCACCCGUCCAAUCCUAUGGGAAUUAUCUUCACUAGCAACUCGAACGGCACAUAUUUCACGGAGAACAUUCCGUACACCAAUCGCAAUGCGAAGGGUAAUGUUGAUUUUGAGAAAAUCAGCGGAAUACAGGGUGUUUUUCUUGUUAAUACUGCCGAAAAUGGCAAGGACGUUGACGAGAAGAGCUCGAAGAAGGUCAUCGUGACCCAAAUCACCUUCGAUGAUGGUAGAACCUUUGCACCAGUCAAGGCUGGCGAUGAUCGCAUCCACCUGCAUUCCAUGACCGAAAUCAACAACAUCGGACGCAUUUUCUCCAGCCCAGCUCCUGGACUUGUCAUGGGCAAUGGAAACACAGGCGCAUCUCUCGGCGAAUUUGAGAGCUCAAGCCUUUACGUCUCCGACAACGCUGGAGUUACAUGGAAAAAGGCGCUUGAUGGCCCACAUAAGUAUGAGUUUGGUGACACCGGUAGCAUUUUGCUUGCAGUCAGGGAUUCUCUCAAGGAAGACGUCGACAAGGUUUCUUACUCCAUGGACUAUGGCGAGAACUGGGAGUCUGUUCCUCUGCCCGAUGGUCUGAAGGUCAGACCUGUCAUUCUUACUACCACGCAAGACUCGACAAGUCUCAAGUUUCUGCUGGUCGGCGAGAAAGAGAGGACAUUCCACAUGAUUGCAAUCAACUUUGAGGGCAUGGACAAGCGCACUUGCGAAAGUAAGGACAUGGAGUCAUGGUACGCUCGAGUCGACGACAAGGGAGAGGCAACUUGCAUUAUGGGUCACAAACAAACAUAUAACCGACGCAAGAAGUCAGCCGACUGCUUCUUGAAGGCUGAUUUCCGUGACCCCGAACCUGUCAUCGAGAAUUGCGAAUGUGCCGAUGCCGACUUCGAAUGCGAUUACAACUUCCAGAGAGACCCCGAAGACAACAAGGUGUGCAAAAAGGUUGGCCCUAUUCCCAUCCCUGAAGGUUCCUGCAAAGGCAAGGAUGAAAAUUUCAAGGGAUCGUCCGGAUGGCGUCUUAUUUCGGGCAACACAUGUACACGCAAGAGUGGUGCCCAGAAGGAUGAUCCAGUCGAGCGAAAAUGCUCUGAUGGUGGGGGCUCAGGUGGCGGCAGUACACCUGGCACUCCGGCCAGCGGCGAGAUCGAUAUCAAGACAAACGAGUUCGCAGACACCAAGGGGCAGGACAUGCAGAAGUUUUACUUGACUGGCAUUGAAUCCGGCCCCUCUGACGAGGUUGUCAUUGCUCGACCCAUCGGUGAGAAGACCAAUGAUGGCAAAGUUGAGGUGGAAAACAAAUUAUGGCUUACAUCGGACCACGGUAAAACCUGGAAGCGCAUCCUCGAGAAAGAAGAUAUUCUGGCUAUCAAGCCUCAUACUUACUUUAAAGAAUUUGCCUUCUUCCACACGAAGUCCGAAAAAGUCAUCUACACCAUCGAUCGUGGCCACAGCUUUCAUAGCUUCAAGACACCGUUCGUCGAUCCUGACGGCAAAGGCACGCUGAGCUUUCACCCAGACAAGAAGGAUUGGAUGCUCUGGGUCGGUAAGCGUUGCGACGAUGUGUCAGGAAGCAAAGAUUGCUUCCCUGAAGCCUCACUCUCUACCGAUCGUGGUGAUAACUGGAAGACUUUGCAGCGAUAUGCGACCCAGUGCGAGUUUACAGGAAACUCUGCCUACAAGUUCCGUGCUCAGGAUCAGAUCGUCUGUCUAGUCUACAAAGACGAGAACCCCGACAACGACAAGACCCUUGUCACCAUUGAGGAUUUUGCUCCUGAUGACAAGAUUAUCCACAAUGGCACGGUGGCAGCUUUCGCUACCAUGAAUGAGUUUAUUCUCGCUACUGACGAGGUUGCUAAAGACGGCAAGGAGAAGGGUGGCCUACAAGCCAUUGCAAGUAUGGACGGAAAACAUUUCGAAGCAGCCCAGUUCCCACACAACUUCCACGACUCUCAUUCGUCGCUUUACACCGUUCUUGAUAGUUCUAACCAUGCCGUCAAUCUGUUUGUCGCUACGGAUCUUUCCGAAGGCCGACGCAGGGGUUCAAUCAUCAAGAGUAACUCCAACGGCACGACAUAUGUCCUCAGCGCACCUAAUGUCAACUCUGACGAACUUGGCUAUGUAGACUUUGAAAAGGUUGCUGGUCUUGAGGGUGUCACUCUCAUCAAUGCUGUUGCGAGCCUCGACGAUAAGAACGGCAAGAAGAUACAAACCAAGAUUUCCCACAACGAUGGCGCAGAAUGGGGCUUCCUGCCACCACCAGCAAAAGGUGCCGAUGGAAAGUCCUACUCAUGCAGUUCAUCAGGAGACAGCGACUGUGCCCUCCAUCUCCACCACUACACCGAGCGUGAGAACAAGGGCAGGACAUUCUCUGCAAGCACCGCUGUCGGCUUAAUCUUUGGAUACGGAAAUGUCGGUUCAAGCCUGGGCGAUAUCAAGGAUGCCGAUACCUUUAUGUCAGCUGACGGUGGUAUCACUUGGAGAGCAGUCAAAAAGGGCGUCUGGACAUGGCAAUACGGUGACCAAGGCUCGAUCAUUGUUCUCGCACAGCGUGCUUCUCACGGGAAUAAUGUCAAGUCUAAGAUUGUUUCGUACUCCACCGACGAGGGUAACAAAUGGACCGACCAUGAGUUCAGCAAGACUGAAGUCACUAUCCAAGACUUAACAUCUGUUGUCAGUGGAACCUCUCGAAACUUCUUGGUCUGGUACCGAACCGAUGACAAGAAGCUUUUCACUGCCAAUCUUGAUUUUACAGGACUCGCCGACAAGCCCUGCAAGUAUUCUGAGGACGAUUCUUCAGACUAUGAUCUCUGGUCUCCCAGGCAUCCUCUUCAGUCGGACGACUGUCUGUUUGGUCACAAGGCCAAGUAUCUGAGGAAGAAGACAGACCGCAAGUGCUACAACGAAGCAAGCAUGUCACGACUGCGAGGACACGAAAACUGCGAAUGUACCCGGCGAGAUUACGAAUGUGCAUACAACUUCGAGCUCGACAACCACGGACAAUGUAAACUGGUUCCGGGUCAUGACGCCCUUUCUGGUGAAGAUUGGUGCAAGCAGAAUCCCAAUGAAACAUCCUGGUUCGGUCCUACAGGAUAUCGUCGCAUCCCACUGACUACCUGUGAUGGCGGCCAGGAGCUGGACAAGACGUCUGAAGAAUACGCUUGCCCGGGACACCAAGACGAGUUCGAACGUAAGCAUCGCACUUCAGGCUGGGCUAUCUUCUUUGCUAUCGUCAUCCCUGUUGGAUUUGCAGCCGCGUUUGGCUGGUACGCCUGGCGUAACUGGAGCGGAAAGUUUGGCCAGAUUCGACUGGGCGACAACAGCGCAACCUUUGACAGCGAGCAACCCUGGAUUAAGUACCCGGUCAUCGCUGUCUCUGCGCUGGCAGCCGUUGUUGCUGCGUUGCCGCUUGUUCUAGCUUCCGUGUGGCGAUCUGCCUUUGGUGUCUACGAGCGUGUUGCAAGCCGCAGCAGAGGCGGCAACUGGUCUAGACGAUACACAACACGAGACAGUUUCGCCAGGGGACGGGGCGAUUACUCUAUGGUCGAUGAUGAUGAGGGUGAGUUGCUCGGUGACGAGAGCGACGAGGAAGUUUAA